CGACGCACAAGCGUGGAACGAGCGGAACCCUGCGUCGGCGUGAACGCGCAUGUGUGUGCAGGAGAAGUGCGCACAUCCCCGCGAUGACGUCACGUGGAGUGUGAGAGAUUAUACCGGGACACAUCGAUUGUAUGUAGAAGGUACGCCCUCUCCCGUCCCCGUCCCGGCAUGGGAAAAGUCAAUGGUGUGCCGGGUGAAUGAAGUGCAACGUGUAGCGUGCAUUCGUUGCCAUCCCGCCUGCGUUCCGUUUGCUGCUUUUUCCCUCAGCACGUUCGGAUUCUCAGUCCUGUUCCGUGAAAAGCGACAUGGCGAGCGAAACCCCGGCUUCCCUCAACAAGGCCAGCACCAUGAAGCUCACCGUCGAGGAAGGGAAUAUAUUCCUGAGUGGAGAGAUCGACAGGGCUUGCGAACAGCAAAAGAAGGAGAAGGUUUCUCGGGAAAACACUAUGACUAAGACAGCCCAAGAGGGCCUGGCAUUCAUCGAGUCCCAGAAUAAUCGGGAGAGCAGAGAAAAAGAAGAGGAGGAGAGAAAUGAAGAAGACGAAGAAGAAGAAGAAGAAGAAGCGGAGGAGGAAGAAGAAGAGGAAGGAGAGGAGGACGAAGAAGAAGGAGGGAAGAAGUUGAACCGAGCCAGCACGAUGCAAGUGACGGCAACGGAGGGGAAGAAGUACCUGGAGUCCCAGGGUGCCUCCCACCUCAUCCCCGAAGGACAGAGUCAAAAAUCAGCAGAGAACGGCAAGGCGAAACUCGCGAGAGACGGAACCAUGCAGGCUACCGCGAAGGAAGGGUUGAGCUACCUGAAGAGAGAAGGCGAGAGUUUCCUGGUCCGACGCGUGGAAGGAGCGACAAAAGCGUCGGAAUCGGGAAAAAAGAGGCCAUUGGAGGAAAAGGAGGAAGAGGAGGAAGAGGAGGAUGAGGAGGAGGAGGAGGAUUUCCCCAAGCCGAAAGCCAAGCGGAUCAGCACGAUGAUACAGACUGCCAAGGCAUUUUUUUUCUUCAAUUUCCUGGACACGAGAUUCAUGAUGCAUACUGUGCUAGAAAAGAAAGUCUCUCCAGCUGUGUAUAAGGCUAUUGAGCAGCUGGACAUUAAAACUUUGGAGAAAUUUUCCAAUGCUGAACUUCGACCAGUGCUGCCAUGUCUGGCUCGUAUGAGCCUCAUCGACCCGCUCGACCUUUCACCUGACAGUGUUGAUGCACGAAAGACAGUUCUUAGGAUUUUAUCUGGGAUGGAAGUUGUGAAUCAUAUUGUUGCACUACUCUCAGUGGAAUUUCACAUCCUUGAAGUUGAUAUCAAGAAGGAGCUACAACUCAGAGCCAAAGCUGGAGGGAAUGCUAGUGAGAGUGUGCUCCUACAGAAUUUAUCAAAUAACAUCUGCUUUGAGUUUGAACGAGGUGAUUCAACGAGGAAGCUCCGUCUGUUACUUAGCCAGCUUGUCUCCAUCAUAUCUCAAGUGAAGGAGCCUCAGCAAGAAUUCUUCAUUACAUCCUGUGAGCUCAUGGAUAACCCAGUGUAUCUUGAAGAGGUGAGUGAUGCUUUGAGUGUUGCCAUGGCUGAGCUGCCUGCAUUUUUGAAGCCUGAAGAAGUUGCUGAAGCCUUACUUCAUCUCAAAAAUGGACCCUGGCUUCUCUGCCGUCUUGUUGCCAAUGCCCCAGCGUGUUUCAUGCAAGUCUGCCGCUCACUGGUCAUGAAAGGAGAAAAGCAAGAUGAUGAAUCAUUUGGAGGGAGGACUCGAAGCCAGGCACUGAGACAGUUGUGCCUCAUGAACCCGAGCACUUCUCUCAUCAUUCGUUCUAUCUGUGUGGGAUCAUGUCACAUGCCUGGGUUGACUGUGUUGCUGAGCCUGGAUAAUGCCCGCUAUCAGGCAGAGAAGGACAGAGCUGAUGAUCCUGUUCUGAUGGAAGUAGUGCCUUUCAUCUCAGGUCUUUUGCUGGGCAAUGACCAGAUGACCCGAACCUGGUUCUCUGUCUUUAUCCGCAUCAGUCAGAAGGGCAACAAGGACAAGGAUCAGCCUAGCUCAAGCAAGAGGAAAGGACCACAAAAUGUGAUGGAUGGUGAGGGUGCAUUGAUGGCCCUUAGGAAAGAGCUUCUCACACGCAUUGAUGGAAUCUUGCGAUCAUAUGAGAGUCUUCCUGAAUCCAAGGCUGUACAAGCUUCUGCUGUGCUCAGGCUUUAUGCUGCACUCCGUGGCAUUGCUUCGUUAAAGUUGUCAGAUGAGGAGGUGAGCCUGUUGCAGGGCCUGGUGACGAUGAGCCCCCCACCAACUCCAAGUGGCUCUCGUUUUGUGUCCUUGGGCCUUUGCCUUCUCCUUGCAUGUCCAUCUUUGAUCUCACAACCAGAGCAUGAGAAGAAGAUCCUCCAAUGGCUUCGGUCCCUUGUCAAGGAUCAGGGAUACUUGGACAGUGGGAGCUGGUGGUCCUUUGGGGAACUCCUCCUCCUCAUGGCCAUUCAUUUCCAUGGUAACACACAGAGUGCUAUCAGUGAAUUGGUCUGCUCCACUUUGGGAAUGAAGAUUCCAGUAAGCCCCAAGGGACUGGCUCGUAUCAAAAACCUCUUCACUUCAGAUAUAUUCCCAGAACAGGUAGUGGCCAUGCAUGCAGUCAAAGUCCCUGUGACUGCAGGACUGAAUGCCAAUGUCCCUGGGUUCCUCCCUGUCCACUGUAUAUAUCAACUGCUCAAAUCCCGAGCCUUCUCCAAGAACCAGGUUCCCAUUAAGAACUGGGUCUUUAGGCAGAUAUGCGAAUCAGGAACUCCACUGCAUCCAGUCAUGCCAGGGCUUGUGGAAGUCUAUGUGAAUUCCAUCUUUGUCCCACACAUGCAAGGAGGUCAGCAGGGUCUCACCAAUGAACCCCUGUCUGAGGAUGAGAUCCUCUCACUCUUUGUGUCUUCCUUCCCUGCCAAAAAACAAGAUGUGGUCCAACGUUCAAGGUCAAGCACACCAACUCCAAUAAAGCGAGGACUGUCCCCAUCUGGUCGGAGCACUCCAACCCCAAAUGAGAUUGGGAUUGUAAAGAGUGGGGGUGGGAAGGGUGGAAGCCUCUCUACUCAGCUACUUCUUCUCUACUAUGUCCUUUUAUAUGAAGAUGUUCGUCUGGGGCAAGUACGAGAUGCGCUCCAUGGGCCCAUCAAGAAAUAUUCUCCUCACCUGGUGUCUCAGCUCCCAAUAAAAUUCCUCAUCCUUCAGGCCCAGAAGCAGCAAGAUUCCUUUGCUGGGCUGUUUCCAGCAUUGCUCCGACUGUUGGCCACCCAUUAUCCACAUCUGUGUCUGGUUGGAGACUGGUUGCAGGGAGAAGAUUCUGGACCAAUCUCCCGUCCACUUCUUUAUGCCAAGCCCAUCACCAAGGCUUCCAUUACUGAGGCAUUUGCCAACCUGAAGGAAUGCCCAGCCCGAGCCAGCCUGGUUCUCCAGGGUCUUCUAGCAUUAAAUCCCAGCAAGAUAUGGGAAGUUGCUCCCACUCUGAUUGGACGUUCCAAGGCUCUCCUUGCUCCAUAUGUUCCGAGGCAGAUACAAGAGUUGUAUCGAGAGGUUUGGCUCAAGUUGAAUGAGGUUUUCCCACGCUCACUGUGGCUCAUGACAGUGAAUUCCCUCCACAAUGAUUCAUCUGGAAAGGAGCUGGCCGACACAGAUGUAGCACUCGAUCCUCUUCAUGUUUUACGCUGUGAUCCUCGCGUCUUCAGGUGUCCUCCAAUUUUCUCUAUUGUUCUUCAUAUGCUGGAGGCAUACCUGGCUGCAUCAAAGGCCUACCUCUCCCAUCACAUCCAGGAUAACCCACUUCCAACUGUUAUACCAUCUGCCGUUCCUCAGGGUUGCAUCACAAGUGAGGCUGAGCGAGAAGAGUUGAAGAAUGCCUUGGUUGCCACUCAAGAGAGUGCAGCUCUCCAGAUCCUACUUGAGGCCUGCCUUCCCCUUGAUGAUGAGGAAGUAGAGGAAAGGAGUGAGCUGUGUGUAUUGAGGGAAGUGCGGAGCCUGGUGUGCUCUCAUCUACAUCAGGUUUUCAUUGCUGACCCCAAUUUGGCAAAGUUGGUACAUUUUCAGGGUUACUCAAGAGAGUUACUUCCAGUGAUGGUGAAGGGUGUGCCAUCAAUGCACAUCUGCUUGGACUUCAUCCCAGAGCUGCUGAGGCAACCUCAGCUGGAGAAACAGACUUUUGCCAUAUGCCUCUUGUCACACUUGUGUGUCCAGUAUGCACUUCCUAAGGCCUACUCCAUCGCUCGCAUUGCCAUCAACACACUCUUCACUUUACUUAAUGUGUUGCCGAUGCAGAGCCUGCCAGAUCUCUUUCGGCCGACCCUGGACGCUGUGGUCCGCAUCGGAAUUGUCUUCCCACCGCUGUGUGAGGACAUAGUGGCUCUUCUCAUGCAGCUGGGACAGAUGGCCACGUCUGAACAAACCCUCAAAGGUGCAGUGGGGCAAGACAGACAUUCCGUGCAUCUCUCGUCCCAGUUGACGGGUUCUCCUGAGCAUUGCAUUUUGCAGACUGUCCAGGACAGAGACAAGGAGUUGUCUGUUCUGGUCCAGCAGUCUUUUGAGCAGCUUGUUUCCAGUCUUGUUUCCAACAUGAAGUGUUAUUGAAUGAACAAAGAUCUCAAAGUUUUUUUUCUAAU